ACCGCGCUUAAAACGAUAGAGAGGCUUUGUUGCAGUUUAUACUAGGCAUCGUUGCGUAAAAUAUCUCCUUCCAACACAAUUAGCUUUGCAAAAUUCGUUCCUUUGCUACUCCUAAGGAGUAGUAAACCUAGAGAUGGAUAACUCGCUAAAAUGACUUAUUUUCAACAUAGCAAGCUGUCAGACAACAAGCGAUGCACUGUGAAAGUAAGGCACUUACAGAAGCAAACAACAAGAACCCGCUACAUUCGUCAGGAUGCAAGGGAGAUUCUUGUCCGAAACCAAAGGAUUACUUUCAAGACAACAAGAAAUUUCGUCCCACCUCCUGCCUUGAUUAUUUGCUGAAGGGCGCAUCCGCUUGUGGAAUGUACCGCCUCUACGACUCUUCCGGCAACAGUUUCCCAGCAUACUGUGACUUCAAGUCCGAGCCUGGUUUUGCAUGGACCCUGGUGAUGUCCUGGGCUAAUAAAAAUCGUGGCUGGUCUGCCUUCCGGAGUACUCCCUUCAAGGUAAACGCUCCUGUCAACGAGAAUUCCCUUAUCUGGAAUAUGUACCGCCUGAGUCUGGCUCGAAUGAGGUCCCUACAAGCCCACUCCACUCACUGGCGAGCAACUUGCAGCUACCCGACCCAUGGCAUCGAUUUUACAGACUAUAUCCGCGGUAACUUCAAGGACUUUAAUAUUGUUGACUUUAUUGGGUCUGGUCAGUGCAAGAAGGUGGAGUUCGUGAAUAUCCGUGGGCACAGUGGCUUGCACCUCACCGUACGCUUUUGGCAAGUGGCUAAAAGCUACCUUUUGCAUACGGACAGCAGUUAUUCCGGCUGUAACUUCAACGCGAGGUCCGGCUCAGUGUCAAGUGAAGAUAACUUUGGUUAUUAUGGAAGCGUCAACUCCAAGUUCCGUUGCACAGCGGGGGAUCUUUCCACCACCCAGUGGUGGUUUGGUGCCCAUUUGUAAGCGACAAUGGCGCGCACCAAAGGGUCUUCAAAACGACAGAAAACAACUCUCAGCACACAAGUAUUGAUUCUGUAAACUAGACUUAGGAAAUAAGAAUGUAAUCUUUGGAAGACUCUUCAAUAAAGACUGAGAUCUCCAAGAA